UGCGCCUCGACGCUGCCAAACCAGGAAGAAAGGGAAUCAAACACAAGGAAAUCAAACAGAAGGAAACAAUGCUGAAAGAAGCAGCGCCGGACAGUAGGCAGCCGGUGUGAUCAAAUACGCGACCGCGGACGCGGAGCUAGAUGGAUGAGGCCGAGAUCGAAGGCGGCGCCAUACGGGAGGAAUAAGCGUGCGCUAGCUUAUUAGCCGGCUUCCUGCGGCAGACAUCGCGCAUAUGAUGGAGCGAGCGAUGGAGCAGUUGAACGUGCAGCUCAGCCGGCUGACGCGCUCGCUCCGCCGCGCCCGGACCGUGGAGCUGCCGGAGGACAAUGAAACAGCUGUGUAUACUUUAAUGCCCAUGGUGAUGGCUGACCAGCAUAGGUCAGUCUCGGAAUUACUUAUGAACUCAAAGUUUGAUGUCAACUACGCCUUUGGGCGAGUGAAGAGGAGCUUGCUUCACAUCGCUGCAAACUGUGGUUCGGUGGAGUGCCUAGUGUUGCUGCUGAAAAAAGGAGCCAAUCCCAACUACCAGGAUAUCUCAGGGUGUACUCCCCUGCACCUGGCCGCCAGGAACGGCCAGAAGAAAUGCAUGGGGAGACUGCUGGAGUACAAUGCUGAUGUCAACAUCUGCAAUAACGAAGGGCUGACAGCUAUCCACUGGCUGGCGGUCAACGGCCGGACGGAACUGCUCCACGACCUGGUCCAGCAUGUGUCCAACGUGGACGUGGAGGACGCCAUGGGCCAGACCGCCCUGCACGUGGCCUGCCAGAACGGCCACAAGACGACGGUGCUUUGUCUGCUGGACAGUGGCGCGGACAUCAACAGGCCAAACGUCUCCGGUGCCACACCCCUCUACUUCGCCUGCAGUCACGGCCAGAGGGACACUGCACAGAUCCUUCUCUCCAGGGGAGCCAAGUACCUUCCCGACAAAAAUGGGGUCACUCCUCUCGACCUGUGUGUGCAGGGUGGGUACGGGGAGACCUCUGAGGUCCUGAUCCAGUACCAUGGAAGGCUGUUCCAGAUGCUUAUCCAGAUGACACAGAACGAUGAUAUCAAGGAGAACAUGCUUCGGCAGGUCCUGGAGCAUAUCUCCCAACAAAGUGAAUCCAACUAUCAGAAGAUCCUCACAAGUCUGGCUGAAGUCGCCACGACCAAUGGCCACAAGUUGCUGAGUUUGUCCAGCAACUACGAGGCCCAGAUGAAGAGUCUGCUGAGAAUCGUUCGGAUAUUCUGCCACGUGUUUCGGCUGGGCCCAUCCUCUCCAAACAACGGGAAUGACAUGGGCUACAAUGGGAACAAAACGCCCCGAAGUCAGGUGUUCAAGGUCAGGCAAGGCCAGGGCGUUAGACGGAGGGACCCCGCACCGGGGAGGGAGAUCGCAGUCAGUGAGCUUACAAAACAUUCCCUGCAGGAACCGCUGGAGCUUCUCUGGCACUCCCUGGACGAGUGGCUCGUCUUAAUCUCCACCGAGCUGGAGAAGAACCGAGCCGACCCAGGUACCGGGGCCGGCAUCGCCUCGCUCCUGCUCAAACAGCACCAGGUGGACUCUGCCGCCGGCGCGGGGGCUGACGGCGACGGGGAUGGGCCCGCCCCCCCCCUGCCUGAAGUUGUCAUGGAGACCGCAGCUGGGUCGUGUGCCCACGGCGAGGACGUCAUCUCCAUGACAGCCAACCGGCUGAGCGCUGUCAUCCAGGCCUUCUAUAUGUGCUGCUCCUGCCAGAUGCCCCAAGGGAUGACAUCGCCUCGUUUCAUCGAGUUUGUGUGCAAACACGACGAGGUCCUCAAGUGCUUCGUCACGAGGAACCCCACUAUCAUCUUUGACCACUUCCACUUUCUGCUGGAGUGCCCGGAGCUCAUGUCCCGCUUCAUGCACAUCAUCAAAGCCCAGCCGUUUAAGGACAGAUGCGAGUGGUUCUACGAGCACCUGCUGGCGGGGCAGCCCGAUUCGGAUAUGGUCCACCGGCCCGUCAACGAGAAUGACAUCCUGCUCAUCCACAGAGAGUCGAUAUUCCAGAGCAGCUGUGAGGUCGUCUCCAAGUCCAGCAACGAAAAGCUGAAGCAGGGGAUCGCGGUCCGCUUUCAUGGCGAGGAGGGCAUGGGUCAAGGCGUGGUGCGGGAGUGGUUCGACAUUCUGUCCAAUGAGAUCGUCAACCCCGACUACGCACUGUUCACUCAGUCCGCCGACGGAACCACAUUCCAGCCCAACAGUAACUCCUCAGUCAACCCCGACCACCUCAACUACUUUGGCUUUGCUGGUCAAAUCCUGGGCCUGGCUCUGUACCAUCGGCAGCUCGUCAACAUCUACUUCACUCGCUCUUUCUAUAAGCACAUCCUCGGGGUCCCGGUGAACUACCAGGAUGUGGCCUCCAUCGACCCGGAGUAUGCCAAGAAUCUCCAGUGGAUCCUGGACAAUGACAUCAGCGACCUGGGCCUCGAGCUGACCUUCUCUGUGGAGACGGACGUGUUUGGCGCCAUGGAGGAGGUGCCGUUAAAGGCUGGGGGGACCAGCAUCCUCGUCACCCAGGACAACAAGGCGGAGUACGUGCAGCUGGUGACGGAGCUGAGGAUGACUCGCGCCAUCCAGCCUCAGAUCAACGCCUUCCUGCAAGGCUUCCACACUUUUAUCCCACCCUCGCUCAUCCAGCUCUUUGACGAGUACGAGUUGGAACUGCUCCUCUCAGGGAUGCCCGAGAUCGACGUGUCGGACUGGAGCAGGAAUACGGAAUACACCAGCGGCUACGACCUGGAGGAACCUGUCAUUCAGUGGUUCUGGGAAGUGGUGCGAAGUCUGACCCAGGAGGAGAGAGUCCUGCUGUUGCAGUUCGUCACUGGCAGCUCGCGGGUCCCCCACGGCGGAUUCGCCUACCUGAUGGGAGGGAGCGGUUUACAGAAGUUCACCAUCGCCGCCGUGGCCUACACCACCAACCUGCUGCCAACAUCCAGCACCUGCAUCAACAUGCUGAAGCUCCCAGAGUACCCCAGCCAGGAAGUGCUCCGAGACAGGCUGCUCGUCGCACUGCAUUGUGGGAGUUACGGGUACACCAUGGCGUAAUGUGGCGUGAGAAUACGCCACUCCUGUGACCUCUCAGCCAUAUUAUGAAAAGCGUGAGUUUCUGUGUGUGGGUGAGCGUGUGCGCGGAUGUGAACUUGUAUCCUGGACUGUAAUUCUACUCGUAUUUCGCUUUUUCUAGUGUAAGUGAGAUCAGUGUAAAUAACACCAUGUAGCUAUGCAUCAAAGGCACAAAGGCACCUUUAUCAUUGCUUGGCUUUGUGUUUCUUUCAGGGCAUCUCACUCAGGAUGUGUGUGUGUGUGUGCGUGCGUGCGUGCGUGCGUGCGUGCGUGCGUGUGUGUGUGUGUAAGAUGAUUCCUUUCCCACCUCCUUCAUUACCUGAACGGCACGUGAGCACAGAGCAGGUUCCUUGCUGUGUUGUGGCUGUCACGUGUAGCUUCUUGUCUCCCCCUUCUUUAGUCCUCACGCCGCCCCGGGGUGUUUAACGGAGCCCUGACUUAUCCAGUGCGGACUCUCUUCUGAUUAAAUAAGAGCUGCGACCGUCGGGCUUCGCUCCUUUAGUUAUCUUUCUCUGUGAUGUCUGCCACUGUCUUGUACUCAAAUCCACGGUCUCCUCAUAAUUGUAGCUUGUGCUUGGACAUUUCUUUCUUUCUUCAUUAAUGUGCAAUCUUGAUAAUUAGAUUUCUGGAAAACUUGGCAUUACAGCAAUAUGUAAUAUGAUUUUUAAUUUACAUUUUUUUUUUGUAUUCCGUGCCAAACAAUGAACUACGUUUUAAUAACCACAGUUAAUUCUUCCAUAAGAAUUCUGAUAGAGUGCUUAUUGUUUUGCGAAAAGGGACGUAAUAUCAUACAUUAUGUAUGUGUUUAAAAGCUUUCUCCAAUUAAGUUCUUGUGAUAUUAUAUUGAAUGUAAAUUGUAUGUUGACGUUUGAUAUAAUGUAUCACCAGUGUUCUGGAUGUACAUUUGAUUGCAUUUGUAUACAGAAGUUAGUAUUGUAUUACAUUUCUAGGAUUUUUUUCUCCUGAAGAAAGAUAUGGAAGUACAUUAAAAAAUGUAUUUUAACAUA